UCCCCAGGUGUGGCUGGAGGUAUAAAGGGCACCUGGAGCCGGGCAGCCUCCAGGUCCGCAGCCUCCAGGCCCGCAGCCAAGUGCACCUGCCUCUCUCAGCCCAGCGCCACGGCUGCCAUGGUGAGCCUGGUGAGCCGCUGCUCUCCCCACGCCCCCACCUGCACUGUGCCUCCAGCCCCCAAGCAGAGGAUGUUGGCACGGGGUCCAGGAAAACCCCAAAUCCAGGGACACGAGGGGGCCAGGACCCAGCAGCUCUGCUGCUCUGGGGAGCCUGGCCUGAGGGCUAAGUUUCCCUCUGGGUCUCAGUUUCCCUAACUGUAGAGGGAGGGCCGCACCCCAUCUAGGGCAAGCUAGGAGGCCAGGGAGGUACCGCCUUCCCUGGGCACCACCCUGACCUGACCAUCCAAUGCCUGUCCACCAGCUCCUUCCCGGCCUCUUGCUUCUGCUCUGGCUGCCCGCCAGCCCAGCCCGCCAUGGCCCCCAGCUCUGGGGGGGAGCCCACCCCCACGGGACCCCACGCUGCUAUUCGGCCGAGGAGCUGCCCCUGGGCCAGGCCCCACCACACCUGCUGGCUCGAGCCGCCAAGUGGGAACAGGCUCUGCCCGUAGCCCUGGUGGCCAGCCUGGAGGCGGAGGGCCGCAGAAGGCGGCAUGACAGGCCCCCAGCUGGGACCCAGUGCCCGGUGCUGCGGCCUGAGGAGGUAUUGGAAGCCGACAUUCACCAGCGCUCCAUCUCGCCCUGGAGAUACCGCGUGGACACCGACGAGAGCCGCUACCCACAGAAGCUGGCCUUCGCCCAGUGCCUGUGCCGGGGCUGCAUCAGCGCCAAGACGGGCCGAGAGACGGCCGCGCUCAACUCCGUGCCGCUGCAGCAGACGCUGCUGGUGCUCCGGCGCCGGCCCUGCUCGCGGGACGCCACGGGGUCGCCCACGCCCGGGGCCUUCUCUUUCCACGCAGAGUUCAUCCGCGUGCCCGUGGGCUGCACCUGCGUCCUGCCCAGGUCGGCACAGUGACCGGAGGCCUUGGCUGUCUUGGGUGGCAUCGGGGGGGGCCGUGGGUCGCCCCCCCACGACUGGACAGUUGGGGUCUCUGUGAAGAGGGUCCCUACUAUUUAUGGGUAUUUAUUGGUUAUUUAUUUGCCCCCUGGGGUUCCCCGGGGAGGUUCCGAGGCUCCAGGCACUGAAGAGCUGUGUCCCUGGGCCUAUGGGGUCACCCUGCGCCGGUCAGGCCCAUCUCGAGACUCGGUUUACCCUUUCUGCAAAAACAUUUGGCCUAGAAGGAAUCAUUUUAUUCUUCUAGAGCUUCUUAAACAAAAUGUGUUCUCAUGUCCCCUCCUUGUCGGUGGUUCCCCGGGCUCCCCUCACACCUUCACCAGCCUCAAGCUGGUCCCGGCCCCCAAGCUUCCCCUUCCCAGCCCUCCCCAGGAACAAGUACCCUUGUAUUUCUAAAACAAUUAUUUAUUCUAAGUGUAAGUGUGUUUUUAAUUGACAAACGCCCCCAGAGCACAGCGUCGGAGGCAGGGGCAGUG